AUGAGCAACUACAAAAAAUCCAUUGUGAAAUGUAAUUUAAAUAACUAAUUAAAAGUUCUUAGGUCGAUUGAUCUGUUUGGAUAAAAUAUUCUUCUCAAUCUCAACGGCGAAGAUUAGUAUAAAACUGGGUGCGGAGGGAUGAUGACUUUAUUCAUUUUGGCAAUCGUUGUGUUAUUCUUUUAAUCCAACAUAUAAGAUUUCGUCAACAAAGUCAAUAUUCAAAGCGAAUCCAAUCAAGUCUUUGAAGAUCAGCCAGAUUAAAUAUAAAUUAAUGAUACAAACUUCAUGUUUGCAGUAGCUAUAGAAUAAACGAAUUUCAAUUCUAAUCCAUUUUUCAACAUCACCAUGUCCACAAGACGUUACGAACGCUUAGGCGAUGGAUCACUAUCGAAGGAAGAGUCCCUAAUGGAUCUUGUUCCAUGCACAGUCGAGAGAUUCCAAUAGAUUUUUAAUCAGUUUGGAUAAAAUUUUACUCAGCAAUAUAAUGAGAUUGGUUUAGACUCUUGGCUGUGUCCAUAGUAUUUAACGCCAUUAUAAUUAGACUGA